CUGUGUCGUUUGGCUUUGCACCAAAGAACAGAGUUCUUCCCUAUUAGUAGGUUUCUCUGCCGCCUGGCAAUGGCUGACGAAAUUUCAAGCAGUCCAAAAAGUACCAAAGAAAGCGAUGUUCUAAUUGAGAUGGGGACUCCAGGCGCUUCUGAGCCAGYCUAUAAGGGACUUCAUUUUCGAGAUGGCAGCAGAGCAAUACAUUAUGUGAUAGUAUACGAACGAUGUGAAGCAGAUGAAAACAAGAACGAAGAAACCAUGGCCAAGGCCACUGCAAUGCAGAAAACUCGAGAUGAUUAUGAAAAGGAAUUGGCUAGUAUAGGGCUUGAGAUCGAACGAGAUAGCAUCACUUGUACAGGGGAAAAUGCCAGAAAACGCCACUUUGUCAAAGUGCAUCUCCCUUUACCAGUAUUACUAGACAAGGCAGAAGAAUUGAAGUUGAAAGCCCCUAUACAGGAGAACGAUAUGAAAACAGGUCUGGAAAAGGCCUUUGAAAAGCAUAACUUCGAAAAACUUGAAAAAUACAACCCAUUAGAGAUUGACAACAGUACGAUCGAGAAGAAAAAGAAAUUCUUCAUGGCCCCCUUCCAUAACGAAAUGAUCCACAAGUAUGCCAAAAAGAAGGAAGAUCUGUUUAAGCCCUGUGACUUUCGGUAUGUUACCCAGCAAAUGUGUUUUGAAGCUGGUGACGGAUUGAGGCACUUGUUAUAUGAAGGCGUUUACACUGCAAGCUAUUCCCUUCAUGACGGAGAUGACGACCUAGAAGAUGGAGAAUCUUCGACUAACGAUCGUCAAAGACUCAAAAAAGAAUGGGCACGAUUUGGCCGAUGCUUCAAAUACCAGCCCUACGACUUGAUCAAAGAAUACUUUGGCACAGAGGUUGGUUUAUACUUUGCCUGGCUGGGGUUUUACACUUCAAUGCUUGUUCCCCUGGCUAUUGCCGGUCUAGUCGUCUUCAUCUACGGCAUUGCAUCAGCAACCACUAGUCCUGUCGUACGCGAUUCCUGCGACGAUAAACUAAAGGGUUACUUCUACAUGUGCCCGCUGUGUGACCGCCAGUGCAGCUACUGGGACUUAGUAUCCACGACAUGUGGUUAUGCCUAUGUGACUAAUUUCUUCGACAACGAUGCCACUGUAUUCCUCGCCAUAUUCAGCUCCAUAUGGGCCACGCUUUUCCUUGAGUUCUGGAAGAGAAGACAAGUUUCUUUGGCUAUCGAAUGGAAUGUGAAAGGAUUCGAGAAAGAAGAAGAACCUGUGAGGCCCGAAUUUAAAAAAACAGCCCCAUCGCUGAAAAAAAAUCCUGUGAAUGGUAAAAUGGAGCCCCAUAUACCAAGGAGGACCCGAUACCAACGGUAUGGCGCUGCUGGAAGCAUCAUUGCUUUGAUGAUCUUCCUCGUCAUAGCUGCUGUCAUUGGCGUUGUUGUCUACCGUGCUGCAGUCUUCGCCGCUCUCAGUGGAAACAAAAUCAUCGACAUUCGACAACGUGCCCGAAUCGUGACCUCCAUUACCGCCGCUAUUAUCAACUUGAUUUGCAUCAAUCUUCUCAAGUUCGUUUAUCAAAAAAUAGCUGUUUGGCUUACAAACUGGGAAAACCCUCGCACAAGAACCGAUUUUGAAGACAGCUUCACUUAUAAGAUGUACCUUUUCCAGUUUGUAAACACCUACGCGUCGAUCUUUUACAUCGCCUUUUUCAAGUCGGGUCUUGUGGUUGGAACUCCUGGCCGCUACAAAAGGAUUGCUGGUAAAUACCGAUUAGAUGGCUGCAGCGAACAAGGUUGUUUUUUAGAAUUAUGUGUUCAGUUGUUCAUCAUCAUGGUUGGCCAACAGAUCAUUGGAAAUAUCACCGAGAUUGCCAUUCCGUUUGUCAUGGAGUGGCUCAAGAAGCGUAAAGAACCACGCAACAAAGAAAUGCCGCAGUAUGCACAAGAUUUUGACUUGAACUCAUUAGGAGAGCAUAACAUGUUCUGGGAAUACUUGGAAGUCGUUCUUCAAUACGGAUUUGUUACCAUGUUUGUCGCGGCAUUUCCUCUUGGCCCACUCUUUGCUCUGCUCAACUCCAUAGUGGAAAUCAGAGUCGAUGCCAUCAAUUUUGUGGCCCAGUUCCGUCGUCCAGAUAUUGCCAUUGCAGAAGAUAUCGGUGCCUGGUACAGGAUUCUAGCAGGAUUAACAAAGCUAUCCGUCCUGGUCAAUGCGUUUGUCCUGUCCUUCACAUCGGAUUUUAUACCCAGACUUCUGUACAGAAUGAAAUAUGCCCCGGAUAGAGAUAGCGGAGGGACCCUGAACGGAUAUCUCAAUGCCAGCCUAUCGUUCUUUGAGGUCAAAUACUUUAACGAGACGGAGCCAGGAACCAAGCCUGAUGAUGACUAUCAAAAUCUCAACUACUCUAGUCCUAUCUGCAGGUACCGUGGUUUCCAUGACAACACCUACCCCUUCAAGUUUUCAAAGCAGUACUGGCACGUGAUAGCAGCACGUUUAGCCUUUGUCUUCGUGUUUCAAUACACAGUCUAUGCCGUGACCAGUUUCAUUGCUUACAUUAUCCCUGACAAGUCCAGGAGCUCGGAGAUCAAAGAAAGAAUGGAAAAGCUGUUGGUAAAGAACCGCUUGUAUGGAAAAGGGAAAAUGAAUGAAUAUAGAGAGAAUACAAUGCUGUAGACACUGCCAUUGGCUACUUUAGGAAAGGAUUAUAUAUUCAAAAUGGUCUUUGAUCAGAUUUGGAUCAGAAUAGACCCAUUUACCUUCGUAUGCAAAUUGCCCAUUUCAGAUCACAUGACAUUCCCUUGAGAGUUGUUCUUUUAUGACGAACUUGUUAAAGUAUUUACAGAUGAAAGAAUCAACUGCCAAGAGUGGCAUCACAUGGUCUGAAAUGUGCACAACAAACAAAGAAGCUAAAGAGGUCUAUAUGUCAUUAAUUGGUAUAUUUUAGCUUUAUGACACGAUUCUUGGAAUCGUUCGGCUUUUCUGAUCCAAAUAUAAUAAGACACCCCCGGAAAGACACCAUUUUGAAUAUUGGACAGCAAGGAUUUGCCGAGGUGUCCUAGUCUGUAUUCUGGAGUGGGCUUUUACAUCAAUCAAGCCUUUACGUAGCCACAUACUUGAAAUAUAACCCGACACAACUAGGUCGCGAUGAGCAUGUUGACAAACUUUUAAGCAUAAGCAUUUUAAUCAUAAGCUUCUACAACUAUAACUACCGUAACGCAGCAGUGCAUUUUCAUUAAAAGAAAAGAUGUAAUGCUUUGACAUGUAAAGGAUUGGAACAAUUCGUAGUUUGUAGUUUUUUUAAUAACAACUUGCGCUCACCAAACUCGUCACAUGCAAGCAUUUGAUAAACCUAAUUUUAGUCUCAUUCUUUCUUUUAAAACGAUAUUCUCUUAAUAACUUUUUAUAAUGUAAUUUUUUAAUGUUUUUCAUACAAAAAUAAAGUACAAUUGUGAUA